AAUUCUCUCUCCCCUUUACCGCCGAAACCCUCCGUGACAUCCUCCCGCUCCUCCCGGUUUCGCCCUAACUUCCCAUCUCUGCCGUCAUUGCCUCUACUGGUUUCGCCCUUUCGCCUAAAAUCAUCGCCUUCGUGAACGAACCUUCGCGAUAGAGUCGCCAUUAGCUAGCUGGGAAGGAAACGACGGGAUCGCGGCUGACAGAGGACCGAAACUCCCAUCUCUCUCAUCCUUCCUCUCCGCUCCUACCAGAAACCGAAGCCCCUAAAGCAAGCGGAUAUUCAACUUGUUUCAAGUAGGAUCUACCAUACUCGCUCGCUGUCUCUGUCCCCCAGCCGCCGACAUGGAUUCGACUCGAGCUUUCACAAAGGAUGUCAAGCGCCUCAUCAUCAAAGUUGGAACGGCGAUUGUCACUAGAGCUGAUGGAAGGCUGGCGGUUGGAAGACUAGGAAUUCUUUGUGAGCAAGUUAAGGAAUUGAAUUUUCUGGGAUAUGAAGUAAUAUUGGUGACUUCUGGUGCUGUGGGGGUUGGCCGACAAAGGCUUCGUUACAGAAAGCUCAUCAAUAGCAGUUUUGCUGAUCUUCAGAAACCACAACUAGAACUGGAUGGAAAAGCCUGUGCUGCUGUUGGCCAAAGUGGCCUCAUGGCACUUUACGAUGCUUUAUUUAGUCAGCUGGAUGUGUCAUCAUCUCAACUUCUUGUUACGGAUACGGAAUUUAAGGAUCCAAAUUUUAGGAUGCAACUUACAGAAACUGUCAAAACAUUGCUAUCCCUUAAAGUCAUACCGGUUUUUAAUGAGAAUGAUGCAAUCAGUACCAGGAGAGCACCAUAUGAGGACUCUUCUGGUAUAUUUUGGGAUAAUGACAGCUUAGCAGCUUUACUAGCUCUUGAAUUGAAAGUUGAUCUCCUUGUUUUACUUAGUGAUGUGGAAGGUCUAUACAGUGGCCCUCCCAGUGACCCACAUUCAAAAUUAAUACAUACUUACAUAAAGGAGAGGCAUCAUGGAGGAAUUACUUUUGGCGAGAAGUCCAGGGUUGGAAGAGGUGGUAUGACUGCAAAAGUAAAGGCUGCAGUCCAUGCUGCUUAUGCAGGAAUUCCUGUUGUUAUUACCAGUGGUUUUGCAACCGACAGCAUUAUAAAGGUGCUUCAAGGAGAGAGAGUUGGCACUCUUUUUCAUAAAGAUGCAAAUUUAUGGGCGCUUCCUCAAGAAGAUGGUGCACGUGAGAUGGCGGUUUCUGCAAGAGAUUGUUCAAGGAAACUUCAGAGCAUUUCAUCUGAAGGCCGAAGGAGGAUUUUGCUGGACAUAGCUGAUGCUUUGGAGAAAAAUGAAAAACUAAUACUGUCAGAAAAUGGGGCUGAUGUUAUUGCAGCACAACAGUCUGGAUAUGAAAAAUCAUUGAUAUCUAGAUUAAUUUUGAAGCCUGGAAAGAUAUCAAGUCUAUCGAACUCAAUCCGUAUUCUUGCGAACAUGGAAGAUCCUUUAGUUUCCGUUGUCAGGAGAACUGAGGUUGCAGAUGGGUUAAUCUUGGAGAAAACAUUGUGUCCACUUGGUGUGAUUUUGAUUGUUUUUGAGUCACGGCCUGAGGCCUUAGUGCAGCUAUUCGAAGUGGGAAUGGUCUUCUCCUGAAAGGUGGGAAAGAAGCCAUGAGAUCUAACGUUGUCUUGCAUAAGAUUAUCACUGAAGCUAUCCCAGAAAAUGUGGGG